GGGGCCCGCGGCGGCGCCACCGGCGGCAGGAGCAGCAUGGAGCUCGGCUGGCGUCGCUCAGUUUCCCGCGCCUGGCGGGCCGCCGGUUACGUGAACGCCCGCAGGGAGCGGCCAGAAGGGAGCCGGUGCCCUGUAGCCCCGGGGCCUUAGGGACUGGCCGGCGGCCCCUGUGCUGGCAUGGCGUUGCCUCUGCAGCGGUCGCUGCCUUGCCCCGAGCCGGCGCCCUGCCCUUUGUAGGCUCCUGUCAGCGAUGUCUGCCGGCGGUAGGUCCGUCCCUCCCACUCCAGAGAAGCUCUUGCUGAACCAGGAGGCAAGUUCAAAGGACAGUCUAAGAGGUCGUCAUCUCAAAACAGCUCAAGGACGCAGGUGACAGCUCUCCCCCAAACUCCCUGUUUUUAUUUGCAAAGUAAUCAUCAGUCUCUCUGUGAGAGAAGGGCCUUGAGUCAACCACUGCGUAGAAGCAGUCUGCUGUAUGAAACAGUCACUGAAGGAGGCUUUGCGGAUACCAAGGUGAAAGCUGACGUUCUCUUCUUGACUGCCUUCGCAACAACAGUGUAUGGCCUCACAAGUCUUGGUCUAUCCACCAUAUGUUUAUCAAACCCAGUCAAGUGCCUUUUGUAGUGUGAAGAAACUCAAAUUAGAACCAAGCAGUUGUGUGUACCAUGAAAGAACUUACCCACGGAUCUAUGUGAAUGGUAAAAACUUUGGAAUUUCUCCCCACAGGGUUAGUACUUUCUUUCAGACUAAAAACCCAUUUGACAGACCUCGAGGACAAAACUUCUUGUUGCAGUCGAAUGCUGUUGCUUUAAAAAAUAUUGCAGGUGCUACUAAAGUGUUAGCAGCGCGGGCGCAGCAAGCUCAAAUAGAGGCACCUCAGACUGGGACACAAGAAAGCAGAUUGGAUACACUAGACGGACCCCAGCGAUGUGGAUUGAAGCGUAAGAGUGAAGAGCUGGAUAAUCAGAACAGCACAAUGCAGAUUGUGGAUGAACUGUCCAUAUUGCCUGCAAUGUUGCAAACCAAUAUAGGAAACCCAGUGACGGUUGUGACAACUGCUGCAACUUCAAAACAAAGUGGUACCGGUGGAGAUGGAGAUUAUCAGUUAGUACAGCAUGAGGUAUUGUGCUCUGUGAAAAAUACUUAUGAGGUUCUUGAUUUCCUUGGCCGAGGGACCUUUGGACAAGUAGUGAAGUGCUGGAAAAGAGGGACAAAUGAGAUUGUGGCAAUCAAAAUCUUGAAGAAUCAUCCUUCUUAUGCACGCCAAGGACAAAUAGAAGUGAGCAUAUUAGCAAGACUAAGUACUGAAAAUGCUGAUGAAUUUAAUUUUGUGAGAGCUUACGAAUGCUUUCAGCAUCGUAACCAUACUUGUUUGGUUUUUGAGAUGUUGGAACAGAAUCUGUACGACUUCCUGAAACAAAACAAAUUCAGCCCUCUGCAAUUGAAAGUAAUACGGCCUAUUCUGCAACAGGUGGCCACUGCACUGAAAAAACUGAAAAGUCUUGGUUUAAUCCAUGCCGACCUCAAACCAGAGAACAUUAUGUUGGUGGAUCCUGUUCGGCAGCCUUACCGAGUUAAAGUAAUAGAUUUUGGGUCUGCCAGCCAUGUAUCAAAGACAAUUUGUUCAACCUAUUUACAGUCUCGGUAUUAUAGAGCACCGGAGAUUAUACUGGGAUUGCCGUUUUGUGAAGCCAUAGACAUGUGGUCGUUGGGGUGUGUGAUUGCAGAGCUGUUUCUUGGAUGGCCACUCUACCCAGGAGCACUGGAAUAUGACCAGAUUCGUUACAUUUCACAGACUCAAGGUUUGCCUGGGGAGCAAUUGUUAAGCAUGGGAACGAAAACCGCAAGAUUUUUCUGUAGAGAAACAGAUGCACCAUAUUCGAGUUGGAGAUUAAAGACUUUGGAAGAACAUGAGGCAGAGACAGGUAUGAAGUCUAAAGAGGCCAGAAAGUACAUUUUCAACAGUUUGGAUGAUAUAGUGCAUGUGAACAUGGUGAUGGAUUUAGAAGGAAGUGACCUGUUGGCAGAGAAGGCAGAUCGGAGAGAAUUCGUCAGUCUGUUGAAGAAAAUGUUGCUGAUUGAUGCAGAUUUAAGAAUCACUCCAGCUGAGACCCUGAACCAUUCUUUUGUUACCAUGAAGCACCUCCUUGAUUUUCCUCAUAGCACCCAAGUAAAAUCCUGUUUCCAUAUCAUGGAUGUUUGCAAAUGCAGAUCAAAUUCAUAUGACUUGAGUAAUCGCAAUAAAACAUCACUUAUGAGACCAGUUGCCUCAGGCAGUGCAGCUAAUCUGACUGCAAGUUUCACCAAAAUUGGCCCAGUAAGAAGUCAGGCUUUAACUGCAUCUACUCACUCAGUUUUGCACCAAGGGAUACCACUGCAGGCGGGAGCUGCUCAGUUUGGCUGCAAUGACGUUUUCCAACAGGCAUUGAUUAUCUGUCCCCCGACUAUCCAAGGAAUUCCUACAAACCAUAGCAAGCCCACAAGUUUCUCCCUGCGGGUGGACAAUGCAGUUCCAUUGGUGACCCAAGCCCAUGCAAUUCAGCCACUACAGAUUCGAGCAGGAAUCCUUUCUCAGACAUGGUCGAAUCAGACCCAGCAAAUACUGGUUCCUGCGUGGCAGCAAGUAGCACCAGUGGCAGCUCCUGCUACUUCUUUAGCCUCUGAUCCUGUGGCUGGCCCACAAAGGCUUGGAGACUGGGGGAAGAUGAUUACCCAGGGCACCCAUUACAAUUCAGUGAUACCACAGCCUCUUUUAACACAUCAAAUAACCUUGUCUGCCCCUCAGCCAAUUAGUGUGGGCAUUGCACAUGUUGUCUGGCCUCAGCCUGCAGCUACCAAGAGAAAUAAACUGUGUCAGAACAGAAGCAAUGCAUUGCAAAAUACCAAUAUCCAAAAUGCAGCAUUUAUAUCUCCAAAGAUAAUUAACCUGAAGGCUGUAAAGAGACUAAGUUGUAUAGAAGCACAGGACAAUCAUCACUCAGAAGGACGGGAAAGUAACUACUGCGAACCAUCAGUCAGGCUGGACCCUGAUUCAUCUCUUUCAAGCAAACAGCGUCAGGCUAUCAUCAUUGCUGGUUCCCCAAGCCCGGCAGUCAGUGUGAUCACCAUUAGCAGUGACACAGAUGAAGAUGACAUAGGACGAACACAUGCACUGAGAGAGUGCAAAGGAAGCCUUGACUGUGAAGCUUGCCAGCACACGCUGAAUAUUGACCGCGUAUGUUCUCUAAGCAGUCCUGAUAGCACUUUGAGUACUAGCUCCUCGGGACAGUCUAGUCCAUCCCCUUGCAAGAGAUCCAAUAGCAUGUCAGAUGAUGAACAGGAAAGUGGAUGCGAUACUGUAGAUGGUUCCCCAACUUCGGACUCUUCGGGACAUGACAGCCCAUUUGUGGAAAAUGGCUUUGUAGCUAACACCAAUAAAAAUACAGAAACAAGAGCGUCAGUUAACUCCGAAACCAAAUCAGCUGUUUGCACGGUGGUGGUGCCACCAAUGAGACUUGAAAACAGAUUACAUCUUGAUGAACAGGUGGUGAAUACAGAUACUAGGUGCCAGCCACUGAAAAAGGGUCGGUCUGUCCUAGGAAGAAUAAACCAGUCUUCUAUUAUGGGAAACCGUCAGCGAAAAUUGACAUCAGCAUUACAUCAGCAACAUAUAAACUUCAGUCAGGUUCAGCACUUUGGAUCUGGGCCACAGGAGUGGAAUGGAAACUAUGGUCAUCGAAGACAGCAGGCUUACAUCCCAGCGAGUGUUGCCGGUCAUCCUUUCUCGCUGCCACAAGGAAGUCCCAAUCCCACGACCAUGCACGCGCAUCUGUCUGGAAGCACACACCUGGGAGGACAGCCUGCUAUCCUUCAGUAUCCAUCAUCGGCACCCCUUAGUACUGCUGCACCCGUUGCCCACCUCCUUGCAUCUCCAUGUACCUCAAGACCCUUAUUACAACAUCCAACGUACAAUAUAUCUCAUCCCAGUGGUCUAGUUCACCAAGUUCCAGUUGGCAUAAAUCCCCGCCUUUUACCUUCCCCAACCAUUCAUCAGACUCAGUACAAACCAAUUUUUCCACCACAUUCGUACAUUGCAGCAUCACCUGCUUACACAGGAUUUCCAUUGAGUCCGACAAAACUCAGCCAGUAUCCAUUUAUGUGAGAACUCAAGUACAGUAUGUUGAGGAAGCUCAAUGAUACAGAAGUUUGAUUUAAGAAGAAACAUGGUAUUUAUUAAAUAUUAGCCAUGGCACAACAGGAAAAUUAUUUUUUUGAAUCAUGUAGACUUGGGUGCAAUUUAAACAACUCUGAGCUUUAAAGAAAAAAAAACAAACUCACUUUUACUGUGUUUUGCACAUUUGGUAUAACUUGUCUUUGGUCAUGUUAUCUUCUUAUAUAGUAACUUUAGACAGGUGACUUAUAGGAGCAGAAAUCUGAUUUUGCUCCUGCUAUUUUUUAUAAAAUUGCCUUCUAACUAGUGCAAGACACGUCUACAUUUGGGAAGCCAUUCAGUGUACAGAAUUAGAGCAACAGAUGCACAUAUGUCAGCAGUACAGUGUAGAAGUAGAUUGUUUGUAUUAUGUAUCUUGGUGUUUAAAUGUUGAGUCACUUAUCUAAAAGUUGAGCUGUUGUUCUUCACAUUGCAUGUGUCUUUUGCAUGGGCAAAAAAAAAAAAAAAAAAAGGCCUAAACGUUGCUCUUAAAUGUUGUUGUCCUAAUAAUCUCAGCUGCAUUGUAAACUGUUCCCACACAUAGUGCCUUAAAUAUUUGAGGUUGUUAAUGUUAUUACUUAUAUAUAAAUGUUGAGGACUGCAGCACUUAAAAAAUCAGAUCUGCUGUUUUUGGGGUUUUCUGUUUUUUUGUUUGUUUGUUGGGGUUUUUUGGUUUUUUUUUGUUUUUGUUUGAUAGAGUAAUGCUCAUUUUGGGUUUUGUGUGGUAUGAUUUUUAGUAUUGGGUGUUUUUUCCAUAUCAGGAAGGCAGCACUGUUUUGCUCUAGCUGAGUUUUGCUGUCUCCCUCCCCCCCACCCCCCAAGAAUGAUCUAGCUUCAAGAAAAGAUUUUAGUAGUGCUUAAGAAAAGUUGAUUCAGUAGCUAUUGAGUAGUGACACACAACACAGUAUUUCAUACUGUUAAAUGGAACUGCAAUACAACCUAAGUAGUUUAUUUUCAAAGUAGUUGUUUAAUUGGAUAUAAUAAAAUAUUUAGAGGUGCAGUAGGCAUGACUUUGACUAGAUAAUGAAAGAAAAAAGCAAAGUGCUUAUUGAUUCAUGAUGUGAUUUCAUCUUAGUUUGAGCAAACCAUGCAGUAUUUAAUAAAUAGUAGUGGAAUAUUUACUAUUGAAGCUUGAAAAGAUGCGAGUUCUUUGUGUGCAAUCUUUCAUUUAUGCAUGGGAGAGAUUUUAGUCUUUUUACAUUAUAGUAUUUGUUUUAGCCUGUUGUGGGUGUUUGCUUAUUUAAUACAUUCCGUCAGGGACGUAAAUUACAUGCUUUUUGCAUUUUUUUUUUCCUUAGGAAGUGUGUCUUUUUGUUUUGUUCAAAUGAAGUUGCUUUUGCAGCACCAAAGACUUAAUCAUCCAUUUCCUAUAAAAGGUAGCUACUUUUUUCAUAGACCUCAAGUAUACUGUAGUGUAGAGAUGGGAUUUAAAGAAGGUGUUAAACUGAGGCUGUGUUUUAGCUUAUGGGCAAGUAAUAAAUUGUAUCAUUUAUCUUGAAUGUAUCAUAGAUAAGCUGCUAUAUAAUGAUUGCCACUUCAGAUAGCUGUGAAAUUAGGUGAUUUACUAGUUCUUUCUUAGCCUUCUAAUUUCUGUACAAGUCUAAUUACAUGAAAUAGAAACCAGGUUUUGAUUUUUUUUUUUUUUUAAUUUGUUUUCAUGUUUGGAGUGUCGUAACUACUAUACUGUAAAUGAUGGAAGAUGAUUGCAUAUGUUUUUUUGGGGUGUGUUAUUUGCAUCAGUAUUUUAUCUCCAUUAACUUUGAGCUCAUCACUGCAUAUAAGUGGAUGUAUCAAUGUAACUUAAUUUUUUUUAUGUUUUUAUAUUGGCAUUGUGUAGACACUUAAGCUGCAUCUUGCAGGCUUGACUUAACUUUUUUUAAAACAAAAAAUCUGGAAUAUAAUCUUUACAAUGUUGACUGGAAUAAGAGUGCAAAGCAUUUGAGUUUAACUCUGUCAAUAAGCUAACAACUGGUAAACUUUUUCUUUACUCCACUAACACAAGCAGUGUUUUAUUUAAUGAAUGUCUAAAUGAAAUAAAUGUGCCUACAUUUGAUUUAUUUUUUAAAUAAUAACUAAAAUACAACAGUAUUAGAUCAUUAAAAAACAGUACCAGCAGAACAUUUUUAAUCACACUGAAGAUUAAGAAAUCUAACUUUUCCCAAAAGUUUCAGUGUUUUUAGUAAUCAACUCUAUGCAUUUUUUACAAGUAUAAAUGUGUAUAUAAAAUAUACAUUAGAAACUAGGAGUAUCCUGAUUAAUUUGAGAUCUUAUCAACACAUACAUGAAGCCUAAAUAUAUGGAGUCAAGAAAAUGCUCAAAUUGGAUAUCCACCUUAUCACUUCAGACUUGUACUAUAUGGUCCAACAGAUUGUUUUCUGUUAACUCCUUUGUGUGGAAUUGAUUUGGUACUUACUCCAUUGCAGGCAAUGGACACACCAAGAAUCACCAGUGCAAAUGGAGUAAAUGAAUUUUUUAUUGUGAUAACAAAAAUUACUGCAUUUUCUGUGGGGCCAUGGGGAUCUUCAUUUGUCUAAUGUAUUUACUGUGCUUUCUUUUUACUGUGCUUAAGGUAUUAAGCUAAAUGUGCUUGAUAAAUUGACACAAUUAUCUGUAUAUCACAAGAGUAUCCUAUCAUAUGCAGAAAAAAGUUGCUGUAAAUGGUGCCCCAAAUUAGAUCUGCUGCUUUUCCUAUAUAUUGUAAUUUUAGAAAUGUUUGCAUUUCAAUGAAUGAAAUAUUUGGGAUUCUACCCCAGCUUAAAUUCUGAAUAAUGGGUGACUUUUCCCCAAUCCUGCAAUACAUUCUGAGAGAACAGACUCUUGUAACAGCCAAGUGUCCAAGGGCCACCUGCAGAAAAAAGCUUUCAGGGAAAGGGCCUUUUCUGUGUGUGUGUGUGUGGGGGGGAAAAAGUCAUCCUCAGAGAAACAUUUAUACAUAUGAUUGUUUUAAUGCCUUUUUUAAAUAAAACACUGCAUGAUUACAGAAUUGCAUAUUUGCAUAUUACUUUAAUUUGCAAGAUUUUAUAUGAAUUUCUUGUGUUCAGUUUUUAACUUCAGGGUGUUUUAUUGAUCAAGUAUGCUACUGUAUUAACUUUUUUGUUUUAAUUUUAAAAUCUUCUGUUUUUACUGCUAAUUAAUUUGGUUUGUGUUAAGUAAAAGUUAAAUCACACUGCAAGCUGUAGGAAGAUUUGUUCUGGAAAUACCCACUGAUAUAGACUUGAUUAAUAAGUUUGAACUGUUACUGUUUAACAAUUUGUAGACUUGUGGCUUUUCUUCCUUUUUUUUUUUUUUUUUUUUUUUUUGCUUUAGAUUUCUAUGCUACACUAGUUUGCCAUGUAGCAAUUGCACUGUGCAAUAUUACAAUAUGAGGACUGGGAAAUUUUUUAUGGAUGUAAUGUCUCUUACAGUUUGCGAUAGUAUUUCUUUCUAGUUCUCAGUGAUUUAAAUGUGACCAAGCCUUCUGUACUUUGUCACAAAAAGCGGGUUUUCCAGGUGACUAUUUUGGUGAGUGUCAAAAUAAGAAUUUAUGGUGUAUUACUGUCGAGAUUCACUUUGAAUUAAAAUAUAUAUUGCAGCAGA